CUGUCACCAGCUCGUCUCCAACUAGAGAAAUCGUCUUUGAGUUCAAUGAGUGGAGAGUGGACAUGAACUGAAAGACAGUCGUUCAAAGCGAGCAUUUUCGGCGUGAGGAACCCCUUUCAAAAAUAUUUCAGCUCGAGUCAUAACGAAGAUGCAACGAUGACUCAGCCGCAGCUGAAUGAGUUCAUUCCUCCUCCGGAGUGCCCCGUUUUUGAGCCCAGCUGGGAGGAAUUUGCCGACCCUUUUGCGUACAUCAACAAAAUACGACCAAUUGCAGAGAAAACUGGCAUCUGCAAGAUCCGACCGCCGCCGGACUGGCAGCCACCAUUUGCCUGUGAUGUUGACAGACUGAAAUUCACACCACGAAUACAAAGGCUCAAUGAACUGGAGGCUCAGACCAGAGUUAAGCUCAACUUCCUGGAUCAAAUAGCAAAAUUCUGGGAGCUCCAAGGCUGCACUCUGAAAAUUCCUCAUGUGGAAAGAAAGAUUUUAGAUCUAUAUCAACUGAAUAAGUUGGUGAAUGAAGAGGGAGGCUUCGAUGCAGUCUGCAGAGAGCGGCGCUGGACUAAGAUAUCCGUCAAGAUGGGCUUUGCUCCAGGCAAAGCUAUUGGCUCUCAUCUGCGGGCACACUAUGAGCGGAUCCUCUACCCAUAUAACCUCUUCCAGACUGGAGCCAAUCUGCCCAAGGCCACCUUGACCAAUGAUACUAAAGAUAAGGAGUACACCCCUCAUGACCUGCCACAGCGGCAGUCUGUCCAGCCCCAGGAGACCUGCAGCAUUGCUCGCCGAGCUAAACGGAUGAGAUCUGAAAGAGGCUGUGUCAAAAGUGAACGUGGAGAAGUUUGUGAGAAUCGGCCCAAUUUGAGGAGGAGAAUGGGAACGUAUGUUGCCAAACCAGAACCUGUGAGAAUGGCAGUGACUGAAGUGAAAAAGGAGCCCAUUGAACACGAGGAUCUAAGAAAAUAUGAAGAAAAUGUAUUUAAUAAUAUAAGCAAACCUCUGGUGAAUAAAGUGGACCAGUAUAUGUGCCUGGUAUGUGGCAGUGGAAGCGCUGAGGACCGGCUACUAUUAUGUGAUGGCUGUGACGACAGCUAUCACAUCUUCUGUCUGAUCCCUCCCCUCCAUGAUGUUCCCAAAGGCGACUGGAGAUGCCCCAAAUGCCUGGCUCAGGAAUGUGGCAAACCUCCUGUUGCGUUUGGCUUUGAACAGGCAGCCAGGAGCUACACCCUCCAAGCUUUUGGAGACAUGGCAGACUCCUUUAAAUCUGAUUAUUUCAACAUGCCAGUUCAUAUGGUUCCCACUGAGCUGGUGGAGAAGGAGUUCUGGCGUCUAGUCAGCACAAUCGAAGAGGAUGUCACUGUGGAGUACGGGGCUGAUAUCGCCUCCAAGGAGUUUGGGAGUGGUUUCCCUGUGACAAAUGGCCAUUUUGAAGUCUCUCCUGAGGAUGAGCAUUACCUGAGCAGCGGCUGGAACUUGAACAACAUGCCGGUGCUCGAUGCCUCAGUGCUGACUCACAUUACAGCCGACAUCUGUGGGAUGAAGUUACCGUGGCUGUAUGUGGGCAUGUGCUUCUCCUCCUUCUGCUGGCAUAUUGAGGACCACUGGAGCUACUCUAUCAACUAUCUACACUGGGGGGAGCCAAAGACGUGGUAUGGGGCUCCUGGCUAUGCUGCAGAGCACCUCGAGUCAGUCAUGAAGAAAUUGGCUCCUGAGCUGUUCGAGUCCCAGCCAGACCUCCUUCACCAGCUGGUCACCAUCAUGAACCCAAACACACUGAUGAACAACGGCGUCCCGAUCUAUCGCACCAACCAGUGUGCAGGAGAAUUUGUCAUCACUUUCCCCAGAGCUUACCACAGUGGAUUCAACCAGGGUUUCAACUUUGCUGAAGCUGUCAACUUCUGCACCAUGGACUGGAUGCCCAUUGGUCGUAACUGUGUGACGCACUAUCGCCAGCUGAGCAGAUACUGUGUCUUCUCCCAUGAUGAGAUGAUUUGUAACAUGGCCCUUAAAGCAGACAUGAUGGAUGUCGACCUGGCGUCAGCAGUGCAGAAGGAGAUGACCAUUAUGAUCGACGAGGAGAAAGGACUACGAGAGAAGAUUAACAAAAUGGGUGUGGUGCAGUCUCGACAAGUUGAUUACGAGGUGCUCCCAGAUGAGGAGCGGCAGUGCUGCAAGUGUCGGACCACCUGCUACCUGUCUGGUGUCACCUGUGCCUGCAGUCCUGACAAGAUGGUUUGCCUGUACCACGCCCAGGACCUCUGCUCCUGUCCUCAUAGCAACCUAACACUCCAUUACAAGUUUGCACUGGAUGAGCUGUACCCCGUCAUGGCAUCAGUGAAGCUGCGUGCAGAGUCCUAUAAAAACUGGGUUUCCAGUGUUCAGGACAUUGUGGAGAACAAAGGAAACAAAAAAAGAGGUUUGGAGGAGCUUCACAGUCUAAUGGAGCAAGCAGAAACAAAGGCGUUCCCUCAGACCAGCCUUCUGGAUCAGCUGCGUACAGUCACAUUAGAGGCUGAUAAAGUGGCUGUGAUGGCACAGCAGCUUCUCAAUGGGAAGAGACAGACGAGGUACCGUUCUGGAGGAGGAAAAUCUCAAAGCCAGAAUGAACUGACGGUGGAGGAGCUGAGGUCCUUUGUCCAACAGUUAGACAAUCUGCCGUGUAACGUCAGACAGGCUCCUUUGCUCAAGGACCUGUUGACCCGGGUCGAUGACUUCCAGCAGCGCAGUGAACGUCUCCUCUCUGAUGAGUCACCCAGUCCGCUGGAGCUGCAGGACCUGCUGGAUGUGAGUCUGGGCCUGGACGUGGAGUUGCCACAGCUGCCUCUACUGAGGGAGAGACUGGAGCAGGCUCGCUGGCUGGAGGCCGUGCAGCAAGCCAGCAGCCGGCCGGACAGCCUCUGUCUGGACACCAUGAGAAGGCUGAUAGACCAGGGUGUGGGCCUGGCUCCUCACAGCUCCGUGGAGAGAGCUAUGGCUCGUCUGCAGGAGCUGCUGACGGUGUCGGAGCAGUGGGAGGAGAGAGUGCUCAGCCUCAUGGAGGCCAGGCCCUAUCACAGCAUAGAAACACUUGACGCUGCCCUACAAGAAGUAGAAAACAUCCCUGCUUAUCUGCCCAACUGUUUGCAGCUGAAGGACGUCAUCAGCAAGGCCAAGAAAUGGCUUCAUGAAGCUGAAACACUCCAGCUUGGGGGACGUAUUCCUGUCCUGGACAGCCUAUCUGAGCUGGUUCUCAGAGCAGAGGGCAUGCCAGUGAGGCUCGACCCUCUGAGUCGACUGGAGGCCCUCGUCAGUGACGUUCAGAGCUGGAAGGAAAGCGCAGCAAAGACAUUCCUACUGAAAAACUCUCCUUUCUCUCUCCUCGAGGUCCUCUGCCCAAGAUGUGAUGUAGGUUCCGGGCACCAAAAGUCAAGAUAUAAAAAAGUGAAAGAAGCUUCGCAGGUCAAUAGAAAAGCAUCAAUAAAACUGGACUCUGUAUGUGACGUUGAAAGAGCUCUCUCUGACAGCAGGGACUCUGCCUCUGCUAUGACCGCUCUUGCAGAGGUCCGACAGAGAGAGAUGGAGAUCUUACUGGCUCUGAGGGCUUCAAAUGAGUCCAAGCUUCUUCCUGCUGAAAACUGUUGUGCACUUAAUGUUUGUGUUUGCCAAAAGGCCCCUUCGGGUGCCAUGGUGCAGUGUGAGCUCUGUCGAGACGUUUUCCACUGCGGCUGUGUCACGACAACCACAGACAUCGAGUAUGGCCAAGCCUGGCUUUGCCCGCUUUGCCAGCGGUCGAGGAAACCUCCUCUGGACAAGGUCCUGCCGCUGCUGGCUUCGCUGCAGAGGAUUCGGGUUCGCCUGCCAGAAGGAGACGCUCUGCGCUUCCUCAUUGAGAGGACGGUUCGGUGGCAGCACAAAGUUCAGCAGGCCUGCACAGAGGGAGUGCUGGAGAAGGUGUCUGAGAUGGGGAGAGUCGGACCCAGAAUGUCUUCAUGUCUGACUCAGGAAAUAAAUGGUUCAUCGUUUUAUACAGAGCAUCACUCUAUUCCACUCCAAGGACUCGAUCCUGAGCUGGAGGAGCUGAUGGUGGAGGGAUUCCUGCUGCAGGUCACUCUGCCUGAGACCGAGCAGCUGUACAGAUACCUGCUGUACAAACUGGCCCCCCUGCCCUCACGUAGCACCCCCAGCCCAGAGCAGGACCAGCAGUCUCCAAGAGCGAGCCCCUACCACCACAAGAACGGAGUGUCCAGUCUGAAAAAGGAGGCAGUGAACGGUCAGAGCAAAAGGACGAAGCGGCGCAAGGAAAGCUCUGACUCUCAGCACAGCGAGAAGGCCAAGAAGUGUCGCAAGAAGAAGCCCAAGAAAAGCAAAGAAAGCAGUGAAGAGUCGAAGAGAAAUUGCUCUCCUUCACACACAGUGUCUGAUCCUGCUCUUUCAGAUUCAGAAGAGGACUAUUCACUGUGUGCAGCACCGUGGUGCAGAGAGCCAGAGGGUGACGAGGUAAACUGGGUCCAAUGUGACGGCAGCUGCAAUCAGUGGUUCCACCAGAUCUGCGUUGGACUGUCUGCUGAGCGAGCAGAGAAGGAGGACUAUAUUUGCAUAAGCUGCACACAGCCAGACUAUGACAGAGGAGAAUGAAGACCAAAAAGUGAUGUUGAAGGAUCAGCAGUUGUUUUUUUUUUUGUUUUUUUUGUUAACAAGCCGCGGCACUUAAGUGCACACCUGAACUCUGUGUGUCCUGUGGCUUCUCCCCUUUUACCUUCUGGCUUGCUCUCAGUGAACAUGGUGCUAUUUCCUUUUUUCCCCAGAGUUACUAAAGACUUCUGUCACUGUUUUGUCACAUGGCUGGUUUUUCAGCCUAUCAACUAAUCCUUUCUGAAACUUUCCAAGACUUGAUGCAGAUGUGGUAAAAUGUUUCAAGAACCAACAGCGCAGGGAUUUUUCAACCAAAAAAAUGUCAAUUUGACAUUUUGGAACAGUUUUUUUUCUUUUACAUGCAUCUGAACAAUGUGAAACUUUUCUUUCUCUUGUAGAGUAAAUAUUAUUUAUCUAAGCAAUAGCUGAACAGAUUAAUUGAGGUUCAGUUUUCACCUGAGCUAUAUUUGUGCAUAGAAAUACUUUGAUAAAUGCCUUCCUGAAGCAAAAACCCUGGAGAAUUCACAUUAAGAAUCCUGUGAUUACACAGUUCACUUAACGUUUGUGUACACUGCGAAACAGAAAGGGAUCAAUGAUCCAAAUUGUGCAACUGUUUGCACCUGAUAAUUUGCUCACAUCCCUUAAAAAUCACUGACUUUGAUAUGAAGUCAGGUUUCCCGUUUGCGCUGUCUGCAGAAGAAAACAAAAGUCCUGGAUCCUUUGUUCCUGGCGUUGGGCGAGACUUGAUUAUGCUCACAAACUGAGAAUGAACUGUCCGACAUUCAAGGAAUGUACAUUUUAUUUUAGGGUGGAUUUUCCCUUUAUGGUUGAGGUAAAAUAUUUUGUUGGACUUAGAUUUAACACAGACUGUGUGAUUUAUUUGCCACGGGUAUAUGACCUUUUUUCCUGCUCCUUUGAGUAAAUAAUAUAAUUCAUAUGUUGCAGUUUGCAUUAUAAAAAUAAAAUGUUUGUUCCCAUACAA